GAUGAAGAGGAAGACAUUGAAUCCGAUGAAGAGGAAGAAUGCGAUAAACAGACCAAUUCCAUGACAAAGCGUCCUGUAGUGUCUACGCCUACAAAACCUACCAGGAAAACCACGCCAUUGCCCAGCGAUGAUGAAGAUAGCGAGGAUGAUGAUCAGGAAAGUAGAUGAGUUAAAUUGGUGAUAGAUGAUAAAAGUGAUACACAAACCGGGACACCGAUGUAUCGCAUGGUCUCUGGAUCGGCACCUAAUUUGGUCAGUAACGACUAUGCUCAAGAUCGGCCUGGAUUCCACCCACGUUAUUCCGACAGCAGCACCAAUAGUAAUGGGUCCCUUGUACCACCUAAUCACUCGGACGAAAUACCUGUUGAUUAUACCCAAUUCAAUUACGAAGUACAUCAAGACGAUGAUGAUGACAACGAAGUUUUAGGGGUUCGUAAUGGCCCACUAUUAACCGAAGGCAGUCAUCUACAGCAGUUACAACAAUAUCAGCAAUAUCAUCAAGCGCAACUUGCUCAGUUCCAACUUCAAGCACAACCUCAUCCAUCCAAAAGUUCGUCGACAUCUCAUCUACGACCCAACCAUCAUCCACAGCAGCGCGUUAGCAUGUCAGGCAUGGAUUUGUUAAAGCAACUGGAGCAAGAAAAGGCUGAAGCCAAGCGACAAAAGCCGAAAUCACAAAUCAAAAUUGAAGGAUUAUUGGCUAAAUUACCUGAGCCGGGCUCUCACAAUAUCAGCUUUCAGCAAAUGCAAAUGAAGAAACCGAGCAAAAAUCAACGUCUUUCGGGCAAUAUGGGAUACCACCAUCAUUAUCCUCACCAUCCUCAUCAUAAUUCACCGGGCAAUUCUUCCAGUGACCGACGGUCAUUUAUUUCCGCGCAACAGCAGCAACAUGCCCCGCAAUAUGUGGGAAACAUUGCCACUCUAGGUAUGGUUAACAAUGGCAACCCUGCUCUUAACAUGUCGAUGCCCAAAUCGGGAGAAGCCCAUUUUUCACGGCCAGCGAGUGCUCUAAGCAUGCAUGAAGGUUCCGGACGAGGAGAAGGACGGUCAGAUCAUUCAUAACUGUCUAUCUUAAACCAUCCGCAUUUGCUUUUGCGUUAUGAUUCUUAUCGCUUUGAUCCAUCCUAAAUUCUUUCAACAUAUACAGCAAUAAUAAAAAUGCAAAAGAAUAAUCAAUAGCUGUACCUAGAGCCAGAAAUGAUUAAUGAGCUCAUAUGAUGUGAUUUUGUUUUUGG